GAACCAAAGAAACGAGCAAUGUGACGAUCACAUAAGAUAACAUCCAUCAGCACUUAGUCAUCUAUCAAAAGACAUAUGACAGCAACUUAUAAUUUGACUUUAGACUUUUGACUCUUGAGGAUAUAAUAAAGCUACUUCUACUCUGUUUUUUUCAAUCGUAUAGAUUCAGUUGAGACUUGAGAAGUUAAGAUUAGCUACUAGCAUCCUGCCGUGUAUCGGUGUAUGCAAAGAAACGAAUACGACCUCGUUCGUAUGAUACAGAAUAAAUGUUUUAGAGAAAAGUAACAAAAAGGACAGAGACUUGUAUGUCGAUUGAUUUAACAUUAUUAUUCUUUAAAAGCACGUUAUUGAGAUCGGAUAUACAUUGAUCUAACGGCUAUAGUAUAUUUUGUAUUAUAAUGAAUUAUUUAUUGAUAUGUCAGGCAAAGUCAUUUUGCAAGUCUUGAUAGUUUUUUGGUGAUCUUAUUGACGUCUUCAUACAUAGUAUAAAUCAUUAUCAUCUACUUACAUUAAUCACAGUGGAGUUUAUUUUAGUGCUAAUUAAAUUGAGCGACAAUGGAUAGUUUUUUGGUUUCUUCUUAAUUACUCUAUGGAGUACUUCUUAAUGACUAGUUCAAACAAAACCCAUUUAAAAAGCAUACUACCAAAACUCAGCUGCAACUGUAAGUGUUUAGUAAGACUAAUUACGUCUUGAAAACGCUAUUAGCAAGGACUAAUUCGCACACAUGCACAUACACGGAAAACAUGUGGGGUCAAAACGUAAAGUUGAGUAAAGUCAGUAGUCUUUUUGCGAAAUUCAAUGUAAUCUAAGAGCUUAUAAUCAAAAUCAAGUUGAUUUUGCCGUUGUAGACUUGGCGAAUUGGAGGACAGUCUGUCAUCUUUUAUGUUAAUAAAAUUGCCAGCUUAUUCACGCACUCCAUGGCUCCAAUGCUAAAAUAGUUAUUUAAUAAAAUAGUAACAGAAUAUAUUGACAAGAAAAUAAUAACAGAAUAUAAAAACGCGGGUAAAAGGAAGGAUAGUUACGUAAAUUAGCAUUACAAGACCUUAAUUCAGACAAAACAAUCCAAAGUGUUCCCUCGCAUCCUACAGGCUUGCCUUCCUCUUUGUACAGCUGUUUUAAUGGCAAUCUCGUAAUUUGUUAACACCAAACGAGUCCAGAUUUAGUCAAUAUUUAAUCUAACCCAGCUUUGCCAUCCAGAAACUCCUCACUUUUUAUUUCGAAAAGAGUAAAUAAAUAUUGAGGAAGAAAGCUGUAGAGAGAAGAAGAAGAAGUCAAUAGAGAGAGAGAAAGAGACGACAAAUGGCGGAGGAGAAUGAAGAGAGGGUGAAGCUGUUCGUAGGACAAGUUCCGAAGCACAUGACGGAGGAUCAGCUCCUCGCAUUGUUCCAGGACUUCUCCAUCGUCCACGAAGUCAACAUCAUUAAGGACAAGAUAACGCGAGCUUCCCGAGGUUGUUGUUUUCUGAUAUGUUCUUCAAGAGAAGAAGCAGACAAGGUGGUCAAUGGUUGUCAUAACAAGAAGACUUUACCUGGGGCGUCUAGUCCGUUGCAAGUUAAGUAUGCAGAUGGCGAGGUUGAAAGACUAGAGCACAAACUUUUCGUCGGUAUGCUUCCAAAGAAUGUCACUGAAGCUGAAGUCUUAUCCUUAUUCUCCAAAUACGGAACCAUAAAGGAUGUGCAGAUUCUAAGAGGGUCUCUACAAACUAGCAGAGGCUGUGUUUUUCUGAAGUAUGAGUCAAGAGAACAAGCGCUCGCUGCUAUGGAGGCUAUUAACGGAAAACAUAUAAUGGAGGGAUCGAAUGUUCCUUUGGUUGUCAAAUGGGCAGACACAGAAAGGGAAAGACAAGCCCGAAGACUUCAGAAAGCUCAAUCUCAUGCCUCCAGGCUCGCUAACUCUGAUCCACAAAACCCUUCUCUGUUUGGAGCCUUGCCCAUGAGUUAUGUUCCUCCUUAUAACGGAUAUGGCUAUCAUGGACCUGGAACUUAUGGGUACAUGCUACAACCUGCAUUCCACAAUGUGAUUUCACCAAACCAUGGCGCCAAUAAUGCAUUGCAUGGAGCCGCUUUGACCGAGUCUGUUCCACCGCGUUUAGCCGCCCGUAGAAACUUCCCUAUGCCUCUUGGAAACUACAGCUAUCAUGGUCUUCAGUAUCCAAUGGCGUUUCCGAGAGGGAUGAUCAGUCCUCGCCUUCCCCUAACCACUGUUUCACAUGGCAUUUCAAAUAAUGGCACAUCGUCACCUUCUUCCCUUCAAACUGAAGGACCGGCAGGUGCAAAUCUAUUUAUCUACAACAUACCUCGGGAAUUUGGAGAUCAAGAACUUGCGGUUGCAUUUCAACCGUUUGGUAAGGUUGUAAGCGCCAAGGUUUUUGUAGACAAGGCCACUGGUGUAAGCAAAUGUUUUGGAUUCAUUAGUUAUGACUCACAAGAAGCUGCCCAAAACGCUAUUAACACAAUGAACGGUCACCAAUUAAGCGGCAAGAAGUUAAAAGUUCAGGUUAAGAGAGAAAACGGCCAACAACAACAGAGUAGCAAACCCGUAAACAGCUGAAGGAUCAUCAUCCGCGGGCUGGAGUGGCGGUUAACAGCAAACCGGUUUAGACAUUAAAAAUUUGGAUGGAUGUUGGAUGAGGUUAAACUGGAGUACAAAAGUUGCUGGCCGUUAUUAACAUUUGCCAAUAUAAAAAAAAAGCCAAGUCUCAUGUGGGUCAUGAACUCUCAACCACUCAAAAAGGCUGUAGCUUGCUGCAAAAGGUUCUCUUCCACUCACUUUUUCAUUUUCCUUAAAAUCGCAAUACUACAAUUUGUAAUUUUAUGUUUCAUUGAAAAGUUCAUCUAUAAAUCUCAUGAUUUAUUAAUCAUUAAUACAUUCAAUGGUUUAUCGUGAUCAUUUUUU